AUGGGCCUCAAAAAACUAAAAGAUCGACGAGGAAUCAACGACCAGGGGGAUUUCUCUCACGCUCGACCACGGUUUACAAAUCUCUUGCGUCUGUUUUUCAGGAAUGCAUUUUGCUAUGGCUCGAAUGGUGCAAAAAAAGGACCUGCCGCGCACACAUUCGAAGAAGGACACCAAAACACCGACGAGCCAAUCGACACCAAGGAUGAAGGAAUGUACAUAGUGAACGGCAAGACCUUGAGGCCACUUAUCCCAGGGUCAACAGCAGAGGCCUCCUGGAUGGAUAUGGAGAAAGCUAUCAUUUCCUUCAUCGCGGUCACUCCAGCCAAUGAAUAUCAAUUUACGCCAAGCAUUGUUGUCGAGGCAUACGAAGUUGGACGCAAUCCAGAAAAAACGAAACCAACAGUCCUUAUCAGCUGUUCAUCGCAGCCUUAUGGAAGGAGAAUGGCAAAGACUUUGCGGCGGAGUGGAGUGCUGGAGACUAACUCAGAUCCAUUUCAUGUGAUGGUUCGCUGCUCAUAG